AUGGCCACAAUGCGCGUCUCACUCGCCCGCCACGGCGCCAAUCCAUUGAGGUCGACGAGCGGGAAAGGGAAUUUCACCCUCCGUCCGGGCAUUGCCCAACCAUCAAAAUGGCAUCAGCAACGGUCACUGAACACGAGCACAAGCUCAGGACCCUCUGUAAAAGACCCCGUCAUUUUCUCCGGCAUCCAACCAACCGGCGUCCCCCAUUUGGGAAAUUACCUCGGCGCCUUACGCCAAUGGGUAAAGCUCCAAGACGAAGCCAGUCCAGGCACGAAACUGCUCUUCUCAAUCGUGGACCUCCACGCCCUAACAGUUCCGCAAGACGCGAAACAAUUACGCGCGUGGAGGAGGGAGGCCUUUGCGACGCUGCUGGCUGUUGGGUUAGAUCCGAAGCGGUCGACGAUCUUUUAUCAAUCAUCGGUGCCGGCGCAUACGGAAUUGAUGUGGAUUCUCAGCACGGUUGCGUCGAUGGGCUAUCUUUCGCGCAUGACCCAGUGGAAGAGCAAGCUCCAACUUCCCGAGGACGCAAGCCUCGAUGACUCGGAGGCCCGCGCACAACUACGUCUCGGCCUUUUCUCAUACCCGGUCCUCCAAGCCGCGGACAUCCUCAUACACCGAGCCACGCACGUCCCAGUCGGCGAAGACCAAAGACAACACCUUGAAUUCUCCCGAUACACAGCAAACAGCUUCAACCACCUAUACGGAAACAUUUUCCCCAUCCCAGAGGCACACAUCUCCCCCGCCAAACGAGUAAUGUCGCUCAAAGAACCAACAUCCAAGAUGUCAAAAUCGCACCCAGACCCCAAAUCCCGAAUCCUGCUCACGGACUCAGCGAGCGAGAUUCAGAAGAAGGUCAAAGUAGCGCUCACAGACUCGGAAGCGAAAAUCAGCUACGACCCUACCAAUCGACCCGGUGUGUCGAAUCUGAUCGAGAUCCUGAGCCACUUUGAAGGCGUGAGUUGUCAGGAGAUUGCGUCCGAGUACGAGAGUGCUAGUCUGCGGUCGUUGAAGGAACAUGUUGGCGUGCGGAUUGCGGACAGUCUGAAGGAUAUUCGUGAGAGGUAUGGUCAGAUUAUGGGUGAUAGGGGUGGGUAUCUUGAUGAUGUGGCGCGGGAGGGUGGGGAGGCUGCGCAGGCUAGUGCAGAUUUGACUAUGAAGAAGGUGAAGAAGGCGAUGGGGUUGUAA